UGACGCGCGAAUAUUAGGUUAUGUUAUGAUUUCAUGUAAUAAUUGCGUCCGUUUUAAACAUGAAUUUCAGUUUUGGUGUAACAAAUACCCCUAAAGGGGCUGGGGAUGCUGGAAACACAGGCUCAAACACUGUAGCACCAAAAAAUUUAUUUGGUACACAGACAACUCAGGCUAGUGGUGCUGCUCCUUCUUUCUCUUUCGGAACAUCUAGUGCACCUGCUCCCACUUUUGGAUUUUCGGCAAAUCCAGCCCAACAGUCAGCUCCAGGAAAUGCUGGAUCUACAACUGCAACUCCGGCAUUUGGAUUCCCAACUAAUACAACUCAGCAACAACCAGCUCAAGGUUUUAGUUUUGGAGCAGCCAAAACAACAGCUCCAACUUUGUCAUUCGGAACGACUCCUCAAGCAACUACUACUACUCAACCAACUACAGGGUUUGGUUUAUUAUCAAAUACUGCUAGUACAGCUUCCUCUGGUUUCGGUUCAAAUACAACAAGUUUUGGAUUAGCACCCACCACGACAACAAGUGCAGGAACAACCGGGACAGGUUUAAAUUUUGGAUUUGGGGCAAAAACUACAACUGCAGCACCAGCAGCAUCAGCAGCUACAACACCCAGUUUUAGUUUUGGCAAUACAGCUAAAACAACAGCUUCUACGUUGUCAUUUGGGUUAUCAACAACAACAACUGCUUCUACAACAGCUCUGCCAACAUUUGGAGCAGUCUCAUCUACCCCGGCAACAUGUUCAGCUACAACAACUACAACCACGGUAGCUGGUACUGGUUUUACUGUUGGAACUGGUCUAAAUCUGUCAACUUCUCUUAACGUAGCAAAAACAACAACAACUAGUACUUUUGCCACUGGGUUUUCUUUACCUGCAAGUACUUCCUCUACUACAGUUGCUACAAGCCUUGCAGGGUUUGGAACUACACCAGUAUCUUCAAAAGCAUCUGGAGCUUUAACAACCACUGUAAUGAGUGGUAAUACCACUGUACCUAUUGCGUCAAUGAACUUUUCCCAGUUAGAAGAAAAUAUUAAUAAAUGGACUCUAGAUUUGGAUGAACAAGUGAAAAUAUUCAUGAACCAAGCUACACAAGUAAAUGCUUGGGAUCAAUUACUGAUUGAAAAUGGUGAAAAGAUUGUUAUGUUGAAUGAUAAUGUAGAAAGAAUUAAACUAGAUCAGUUUGCACUUGAUCAUGAAUUAGAUUUUAUUGUGAGCCAACAAAUUGAGUUAGAAGAUAUGAUAGCACCUUUAGAAAGGGAAUUAAGUCAAAUUUCCAUUAGAGAUCCUGAAAGAGAACAGAGUUAUCAACUAGCAGAAAAUUUAGAUACUCAAUUAAAACAAAUGGCUGAAGAUUUGAAAGAAGUUAUUGAACAUUUAAAUGAAUCGAAUAAAGCUCAAGAUGUUAAUGAUCCUAUUGUUCAAGUUGGAAGAAUUUUGAAUGCACAUAUGUCAUCCUUGCAAUGGAUAGAUGCCAGUACAGCUCAAAUAAAUGCGAAAUUGCAACAAGUUGAACGAAUGCAAGAGACUUUAAGAAGUAGUACUGAAAGAGCUUUUCAUAGAACAUUUGAUUAACAUGCCAAGA